GUGCAAGGACAACCGUGCGACACUUAUAAACGACUUGGCUUAUAAACGAUUGGUGCGUAAUUAUCACCGUAUUUCCUACCGAACGCAGCUUUCCUAUAUAUAGCGCCGUACGUGCAAUUCCGAGCACGAGUAGCUUCAACGGUGUCGCCUGCCGACUCCCUCGAUACGCCUGAAUCUACCAGAAUCUCUCCCUCUCUCGCUCACCGAGAAUAUCCAGAAAAAUGAACCUCCUAGCGUUCGGGCUUAUCCUGAUCUGCAGCCAUGCCUGGGCGAUUGUGAUAAACGAUAAUUUCGAAGUUAAAGCGGAACUCGCGAGCAUAAGCUCGAAAUUAAAAGAUGCUCUCAAUGGUCCUCUUAGAGAAGCCAUAAAAAAUGGAGAUAGUGGACUCGGAAUUCCGCCUAUGGACCCGUUCACCGCGGACGAGAUGCCGAUCAAAAUUAAUGCGAAGGCUUUGCAAACAGCCCUCAACGGGGAGCUGACAAAUGUCAGAGCAGAAGAUUUGUCCAAGUAUACAGUCAAUAGCGCUAGCUUCAAAUUAUUCGGUUUGAAGCUCCACAUGGAUCUCUCCUGGCCGUUGGUAAGUGGAAGUUCUAACUACAUCGGGAACGGCACCGUCCUCAACCACGAAAUUUAUGGAAACGGAGAAAUGAAUGGCAAUGCGCAAAACCUCAGAUUCGUGAUUGACAUAAAAUUCAAAUUGAAGAAAGGGUACGCCCGAAUUUCAACAAUUUCCUCGAGUAUUUCUCUGGGAGCAUUAGAUUUUCACGCGACGGGUCUCUACCACGACGAUGAACGGUCCAAGGAAACGAGCAUCUUAAUAUCCAAUAGGUUGCCUAAACUGAUUCAGGAGAGACAAAAGGAUUUUACAAACUAUAUUAAUGAUGUGAUCACGGUUAACACUAAUCAAUAUUUAUCCAGCAUAAAGCUUAAAGAACUAUUGAAAAAGUUAGGUCUGUAAUAACUUUAUAUCGUUGUUACGCUAUCGUUUCAAUUAGUCAUUCUUACAAAUGCGAUUCCAGUCAAUUAAAUGAAACAAAUGUAUGGUCAUGAAUUUAAAGAGCAUCUAUUGGUGAAACAUCGUCAGGGAUAAAAAAAAUCCUUAACGAGGCUUGCACCAAAUUUUAUUUCUGUAAUAUGCCAAUAAAGUCAGUACUAAAAAUUACAA